AAUCUCACAAUUUCUUGAUGUUUUUCAUCACAAAAGACCAAAGAAAGAAGCAUUUUGACCCUAUUUGAUUAGCUCAUGCAAUGAUGCGGCUUAAAACCGCAAAAGGAGAGAGAGCAAUCAUGGCGGCUCCUCUUUCUAUCUCUCCAAGGUUUGCUGCUUAAACAUAUAUGGGAAAAUUUCUAGCAAUAUAAAACACGCACGCGAACUGUUUGAUGAAAUGCCAGGCUGAGAAAAAUGGACAGAAACCCAUUUCAAUAGCGUCCUUUUUUUUGGUUCUCUUGAUGCCACAAAGCUUGGAAUACAUUCAUCCAUGUACCACACCCACCCAUUUAUCUUCUUCCCCAAAACUCUGGCUAACUUUCUUCAGAAACAUCGGCGAGGGAAAAAAAAAGGAGGGUACCAGCUUUCUUUGCUUCAACAAGAUUCCAUCCCCUUCUUUUUAAAGAUUGUGAAAUCUCUUUUUCCUGAUAUUGGGAGUUUUUGAGUAUGGGGGAUCACUUUGUUUUGCUGGUUGAUCGGUUGUUAACGGAAUCGACAUUAGAAGCAGCGAUCGAGAGCCAAAAGCAAUCGACUGAACCAACUUCCUGUGCAAUGGAUGGUUUGAAGAGAGACAGGUCUUCCCCAGAAAUGGAAUUUGAUAAUAUACCAUCUCCAAAGAAAAUUGUAGAAUGUAGAAUAUGCCAGGAUGAGGAUGAAGACUCGAACAUGGAAACACCUUGCUCGUGCUGUGGCAGCCUUAAGUAUGCACAUCGAAGAUGUAUACAGAAGUGGUGUAACGAGAAGGGUGACACAAUUUGUGAAAUUUGCCGCCAGCAAUUCAAACCAGGUUACACGGCUCCUCCAUUAUUCGAAAUGGGGCGUAUCCCAAUGAAUUUCAGGGGGAACUGGGAGAUUUCUAGAAGGAACUUGGAUAGUCCUAGCUAUAUAGCAAUGGUUUCAUCAAACCAUAACGUUGCUGAUUCUGACUAUGAUGAGUUCUCAGCUUCUGCCACAACCAGCGUGCUAUGCUGCCAUUCAGUUGCCAUCGUUUUCAUGGUUCUUCUGGUUCUGAGGCACUCUCUUCCCCUCAUAUUCAAUGAAAACGGUGAUUACUCUUUCCCUCUGCUUCUGUCUAUAUGCCUGCGAACUUUUGGGAUCUUUCUACCAAUAUAUGUUAUGUUCAAAGUAGUUUCUACAGUUCAUCGCCGCCGACUACUCCUGGCUACGGCUAGUUCAUCCAGUAUUGCUCAGAGUUCAACAUCCCAAUUGUCCCAACCUCAACCUUACAUUAUCCGUGUUCGGUGAGUUUCAUACCAGCUUGGAGAAAUUCGAUUUCGAGGCUGAAAAUGGUGUAGCUGUGGAUAUCGUAAUGCAGAAAGUUUCAUGGACGUAGGCUUCUCAGCUUCAAGUAAAUAUGGUGGAAAUUCAAAUUGUAAAGGAUAGAAAAGAAAGAAAAUUCUCAAAAAGGGUUAGAUGUUUGAAGUUGUUAUGCAGUUGAUUAGAUAAUUGCUUGUGUUAGAAAUUCUCUGUACAGAAAAGGAACAUACAAAAGGAAAGAUAUAUGUGUAUAUGUAUUAUGUAGUUCCCUAUAUAUAAGUGGGCUAAUAUUUCUAUACCUAA